AUGAGCACACGAACGGCUGCUCUCGCUGAUCCCUCUCGAGGCCCGAACCGGAGCUUUUCGACCCGUUCUGCCCGGUCUGGUCGUGCUCCAGCUCCAGGUUUUCCCUCGUCCUCUUCAGCAGCUGCUGCCCCAGCGCCAGCCUCAGCAGGUGCCACGCCCACUACCGCCGCUGGCCCUGGCGCCGCCCACCACCCCCAAGCCCAAGCUCACACCCGCCAACCCUCACACUCACACACGCUCUCGCACUCACAGUCCUACUCCUCCCGCUCCCACUCACGCUCCAACUCCAACUCCAACGCCGCCAACUCGCAUCUCCCCCCUCACGGCAGCCAUCACCAACGCACCUCUUCUUCCGCCCGCAACUAUCAGCCACAGUCCCUUUCGCAAAAUGACUACGAGGCCUCGCGCCUAGUCGCCGCCGUCAACGCCCACGCUCAACGAAGCUCCAGCAGAGACCGACAACCCCCGGCCAGGGGCCCCGAUCCCUCGCGGGCCCAUCGACGGAGCUCGUCUCGAUCAAAGAGCAACAACCACCAGAGUCCUCAUCCCGAAAUGGCUCCCUCGGCCACCACGAGCAAUGGCGCCGGCUCCCAGAAUGCAGCCCAACCCCAGCAGCAUGGCCACGCCGAUGCGCCGCCCCGUCCCUCAACUUCCAAGCACGCGAGAUCGCGUACCGUCAUCCCGACCCAGUCUGGAAAAUGGAUGCUAGGCAAGACCAUUGGAGCUGGCAGCAUGGGCAAGGUCAAGCUCGCCCGAAAGGAGGAUGGCAGCGAACAGGUCGCCUGCAAAAUCAUCCCCCGUGGCUCGACCGAUGAUGGCCACCAGUCUCGCGCCGACAAGGAGCGCGCCGAUCAGUCCAAGGAGAUCCGAACUGCCCGUGAGGCGGCCAUCGGUACUCUCCUAAACCAUCCCCACAUCUGUGCCGUCCACGAUGUCGUUCGUACCAAUCAUCACUGGUAUAUGCUGUUCGAAUAUGUCAACGGAGGCCAGAUGCUCGAUUACAUCAUCUCUCAUGGCAAGCUCAAGGAGAAGCAAGCCCGAAAGUUUAGCCGACAGAUCGCGAGCGCUCUCGACUAUCUGCACAGGAACAGCAUCGUUCAUCGAGACCUCAAAAUCGAAAACAUUCUCAUCAGCAAGACGGGCGAUAUCAAGAUCAUCGAUUUCGGUCUGAGCAACCUCUUUGCGCCUCGCAGUCACCUCAAGACAUUCUGUGGCUCCCUUUACUUUGCCGCCCCUGAACUCCUGCAGGCCAGGGCGUAUACUGGCCCGGAAGUGGACGUGUGGAGCUUCGGUAUCGUCCUAUACGUCCUGGUUUGUGGCAAAGUUCCCUUUGACGACCAGAGCAUGCCUGCGCUACACGCCAAGAUCAAGAGAGGUCUUGUUGAUUACCCGGCGUGGUUGUCAAGUGAAUGCAAGCAUCUUCUAUCUCGCAUGCUUGUCACGGAUCCCAAGCAGCGAGCUACCAUGCAAGAGGUGCUGAACCAUCCUUGGAUGAUCAAGGGCUUCAACGGUCCACCGGAGAAUUACCUCCCUGUCCGUGAGCCUCUGACAACACCCUUAGAGCCAGAGGUCGUACUGGCCAUGCAGGGCUUCAACUUUGGCACCCCUGAGAGCAUCAACGCACAGCUCACCAAGAUUAUCGAGGGAGAAGAAUACCAGCGUGCGGUGAAACUCUAUCAACGAGAAAAGGACACUCCCCCGCCAACCAAGGAUGCCGAGAAGAGAAGGCCAUUUGGAUUUGAUUUCUACAAGCGGAGGAACUCUGGCAACAGCCGUGAUACUCUGACGGGCCCCAGCUCUGAGGCGCUCCAGAUUGGUACCGACCCUAUGAAUGCCUUCAGCCCUCUCGUGUCUAUCUAUUAUCUGGUAAAGGAGAAGCAGGAUCGGGAUCAUGCCGACAUGGCUCAUCCGCCAGCAGCGCACUCCCGUGAGCGGGAGAAGGAGAAAGAAAAGGAGAAGGAGAGGGAGCGCGAGAGGGAGCGUGAACGGGAACGGGAGAAGGAGCGCGAGCGUGAGAGAGAAAGGGAGAGGGAGCGCGAACUGCGCGAACGAGAGAGAGCGAAGGAACCAGAGUCAAUGCCGGAGAUCGCACCACCGCAGGAGGCCCAUACUAAUGCUGCGGCCUACGAGAUGCCUGGCGAGAAGCCCACCGGUGGCCGCACGAGGCCCCGCGCUCGCACACAUGGUGAGGACGACAUGCCUGAAGUGCCAAAGCCUCCUCCGCCCCCGGAGCCCAAGGUUGAGCAAUUCCACAAGAAGGAGGGCACUGCGGCUGGUCUCCUGCGUCGGUUUAGCACGCGGAAGCGUAAGGAGCCUGAGCGACUGGACAAGGACCGGUCCCAUCCUCCUGUUGUGCAGGUUCAUUCGCCAGCUGAACCCUCACCCCUCGCUCCCCGAAAGAGCUUCAGUAUCCGUCGUGGACGACGCGAGCGGGACGAGGCAGCGGAUGCGCGAUUCCGUUCUGGCAGCAGCCAGCCCCAGACCAGCGAGCUUCUCAGUCCGCCCAUGUCUGCUGGCGGUACCAAGGAGUCUCGGCGUGGUGGUGGCCUUGGUCGAUCAACAAGUGUCAACUCGGCCGAUCUCAGGCGGAGGAAGGAUGCCCCAGCCACCAGUGGCUCCGAUCAGUCUGUUCUAAACGAGGAUUCACUGAGCACACACCGCAGCCACGGGCACAGCCGAUCAGUUAGCAUGCGGGCCAAGUCGAUCGGUCACGCCCGGAGGGAGAGCAUCCAACAGCGCCGCAUGAGGAGAGAAGCAGCCCAAGAAGCCAACGUGCCUGAAGAGACGGAUCAGGAACUCGAGCAGAGCGGUGUCUCCACCGAUCGACUGGAUGACACCGAGUUGGCGAAGCCGGUAUACCUCAAGGGGCUGUUCAGUGUAUCAACAACAUCGGGCAAAUCAGUGCCCGCCAUCAGAACCGAUAUCAAGCGAGUUUUGCGGCAACUCAAUGUGGACUACACAGAGAUCAAGGGAGGAUUCAGCUGCAGCCAUUCGCCAAGUAUUGACCUCAACAGGGUACAAGACCCUCCCAUGAGCCCUGGGAUGACACCAGGACACAAGAGGCGAUUCAGCUUCGGAGGUCUCAUGAGGGGAGACGAUCGUGAGCGUGAGCGAGAUGAGUUCCGCGAAUCGGAGCGACCUCCCACAACGCCUCGAACACCUGGCCGCCCAGACCGCAGCUUCUCCAACUCUGAGACAUCGUUUGACAGCAUUCCCGGGAGAAGCGGCGGCCAGUCGAGACGGGUGCCUGGAGAGACGAGCACUCAAGUGCAGAGUGAUCUUGGGGGAAGCAUGGUGUUGGAGUUUGAGAUCUUUAUCGUCAAGGUGCCACUGCUGUCACUACACGGCAUUCAGUUCAAGCAAGUGACGGGCAACACGUGGCAGUACAAGAGCAUGGCCGAUCAUAUUCUCCGGGAACUGAGGCUUUGA